AUGAACCAGGGACCACAGCUUGUCUUUAGCAACAUCCUGUCUUCAGACUCUGGACAGUAUCGCUGUGUCACUAAGAAUGAGCUAGGGAAAGAAUAUGCCUACCACCCUAUUGAUGUCAAAUAUGGGCCUAAACACGUAUAUAUUAAUCCAAGUCCCUCUGGUGAAAUAGAGGAGGGCAGUUCAGUGACUCUGAGCUGCAGCAGUGAUGCCAACCCAGCAGCUGAGUACACCUGGUUCAAGAACAACCAACCUCUGCACUGGGAACCAAGUCAACCUCAUACCUUCCCCUCAGUCCGCCCUGAAGACAGAGGAACGUACCGCUGUCAGGCAGAGAACAAAUAUGGACAACUGAGCUCUAACUCAAUAUUCAUGGAUGUCCAGUAUGCUCCAAAGACCCCCUCAGUGACCGUGAGUCCCUCUGGUGAAAUAGAGGAGGGCAGUUCAGUGACUCUGAGCUGCAGCAGUGAUGCUAACCCAGCAGCUAACUACACCUGGUUCAGGGUUAAUAGAGAUGGUUCCUCCAGGUACAUGAACCAGGGACAACAGCUCAUCUUUAGGCGGAUCCUAUCUUCCGACUCUGGACGAUAUCGCUGUGACACUCAGAAUAAGCUAGGGGAUAAAUGUUUUUUCAUCUCUAUUAACGUAAAAUACGCUCCAAAGACCCCCUCAGUGACCGUGAGUCCCUCUGGUGAAAUAGAGGAGGGCAGUUCAGUGACUCUGAGCUGCAGCAGUGAUGCCAACCCAGCAGCUAACUACACCUGGUUCAAGGAACAUGAAGAAAUGAAAGAAUCAGGACCGAACUACACCAUCACUAAUAUCACAUCUGAGCAUGGAGGAAACUAUUACUGCCAAGCCCAUAAUGCAAUCGGACUUCAUAAUGCUACCUUUUUGUUAAUCCAAGGUAAUUUCUAA